AUGGCCAGGACCAAAUCUAGGAAACGUUCCGGAACAAAGCAAAGUAAAAAUGUGUCUGUGGUAAAUAGUAAAGCUGAUAUCGCCGCCAUGAUUGAAGCAAGAAGGCUCAAGCAAAACAAGGGGAGCGUUGAGUUGGCUACCAAGAAGAGAGCAAUAAAUGGACUGGUGGAUGAGAAGCUAGAAGAACAGUUUAAGGAUGUCCUGCGACGGUUUCAAGUACAGGCGCAUGAAGCUGUGCCGAAAGAAACUAGAAAUCAGAACGAUCAAGUAGUUACUACAGUAAAGGCGGGACACGUCAUGGAGGCAAAUCCUGAUGCCAAACGUGAGUUGGAAAAUGUAUUUCAAGAUGAUGGUGAAGAGCAUUUUUCGACGAGAAAGCGUAGGAAAAUGGAAAAACCGUCCCUAUCAGAAUUGAAAAGCCAGGUACCGUUUCCGCAAAAUAUAGAGUGGUACGACUGUGACGCAAGCUACCCUGCCUUACUGGCUUCCAUUAAAUGCACCAAAAAUGUGAUCCCUGUACCCAACCACUGGCAAUCCAAGAAAGAAUACCUUUCUGGCCGUUCUUUACUGGGUAAAAUGCCUUUUGAAUUGCCCGAUAUUAUCAAGAAGACAAAUAUAGAGCAGAUGAGAUCAACGCUCCCGCAAAGUGGACCGGAUGCUCAAGACGAAAAGUCAUUGAAAGAAGCGUCAAGAGCUCGAGUCCAGCCAAAAAUGGGCACUCUAGACUUGGAUUACAAGAAAUUGCAUGAUGUGUUUUUCAAAACGGGAGCGAACUGGAAACCUGAUCACUUGCUACCUUUCGGUGAUGUUUAUUACGAAAACAGGAAUCUUUUUGAGGAGGCGAAAUGGAGAAGAAUGGUUAAUCGCAAGAGGCCAGGGAGAAUCAGUCAAGAACUUCGCGAGAUUAUGAACCUGCCCGAAGGGCAGUUACCACCAUGGUGUAUGAAAAUGAAAGAUGUUGGAUUGCCUACAGGGUACCCUAAUUUGAAAAUCGCAGGCUUGAAUUGGGACAUAACGAAUUUGAAAGGAGAUGUAUAUGGGAAAAUUAUUCCCCAUGGUCAGUCAAGGGCCAAAAAUCAAACCAAGAAAUAUUUCGGUGCUUUAAUUUCGUUUGAAACUCCUGAAUUUGAAACCACAAAGGGUGAUGAAGAGGUAGAUAGAGUGGAAAAAAAAUUACAAGAUGGAGAUGUUAAAGAUGAAGCAGAGAAUAAAUUGAAAUACGUUCAGAAAGACAUAUCUGAAGGGAUAACCUUAGAGGAAGAAGAAGAAGUUGAAAACGGGGAGGAGCCAUUAGAAAAGCAAUUAUAUACUAUAUUGAAAUAG